AUUAUUCAUUCAUCUUUAAUAUGUUGACAGCAAUCAUACGGGUAUUGAUUAGUAAAUACUGUGGAAAAUGAAUAUAACAUCUCUGAGAAACGGAUUUUGUGGAUUUUCACGAAUUCUAAAUGGAAAUAUAGUAAAAUCUUUACUAAGACCAAAACUUAUAGUACAGAGAAAAUGGUACCCUAUUAAUUAUUACAAUAAUUAUAGAACAUUUACAUUAAGCAGUACCAUGAAUAGCAAGAUUAUGAAUGGUAAUCUGUGUGACACAGAUCCUGAGCUUUAUAAAAUAAUUAAAAAUGAAAAGCACCGACAACAGCAUGGUCUGGAAAUGAUCGCUUCUGAAAACUUUACCUCCAUACCAGUUCUUCAGUGUCUAAGUUCAUGUCUUCAUAAUAAAUAUUCUGAAGGCAUGCCAAACCAAAGGUACUAUGGUGGUAAUGAAUAUAUAGAUGAGAUUGAAAUAUUGGCUCAAAAACGAUCUUUAGAAGCAUACAGACUGAAAUCUGACGAAUGGGGUGUUAAUGUCCAACCAUAUUCAGGUUCUCCAGCUAACUUUGCAGUGUAUACUGGCAUUGUAGAGCCACAUGGCCGCAUCAUGGGUCUCGACUUGCCAGAUGGAGGCCAUCUAACUCACGGUUUUUUCACACCCACAAAAAAAAUAUCUGCUACAUCCAUGUUCUUUGAGAGCAUGCCAUAUAAGGUUGACCCAAAAACGGGACUGAUCGACUAUGAAAAGCUGGCAGAAACUGCAAGGCUGUUCAAACCUCGUCUAAUUAUUGCUGGCAUAAGUUGUUACUCAAGGUGUCUCGAUUACAAGAAGUUUAGAGAGGUGGCAGACGAAAAUGGAGCUUAUUUGUUAGGAGACAUGGCUCACAUUUCCGGCCUAGUUGCCGCAGGUGUCAUACCCAGUCCAUUUGAGUACUGUGACAUUGUGACCACGACAACUCACAAAACGCUGAGAGGGCCCCGAGCUGGUGUUAUCUUCUUCAGGAAGGGUGUACGUUCUGUCAAUGCUAAGGGAGAGAAGAUUAUGUAUGACCUGGAGAACAGAAUAAACCAAGCGGUAUUCCCUGGACUGCAGGGUGGUCCCCACAACCAUGCCAUCGCAGGUAUUGCUACUGCCAUGAAGCAAGCAAUGAUGCCGGAGUUUAAAGAAUAUCAGUUGCAGGUUAUAAAGAAUGCUCAAAGACUGUGUGAGGGUUUGAAGUCCCGGGGAUAUCAAAUAGCCACAGGUGGGACAGAUGUGCACCUGAUCCUAGUGGAUGUCAGAAAUGUGGGCCUAAAUGGUGCCAAGGCUGAGCGUAUACUGGAGCUGUGCAGCAUUGCGUGUAACAAGAACACAGUACCAGGAGACAAGAGCGCCCUAAAUCCAAGUGGUAUUCGAUUAGGCACACCAGCACUUACAACUAGAGGGCUAAAGGAAACAGAUUUCGACCAAGUUGUUGAUAAUAUUGAUAAGGCUCUGAAACUUGCACAGGAAAUAACGAAGAUUGCUGGACCAAAACUUGUUGAUUUCAAUCGAGUUUUAGAAGAGAAUGCUGAAGUACGCUCGAAAGUACAAAAUCUGAAAGAGGGUGUUGAGAAAUUCAGUGGAAGUUUUCCUUUACCCGGAUAUGAAGACUUCUAAUUAGUAAUUUAAAAAAGUUACUAAAAUUUAUAAUGCAUAAGUUAUAAUUAGUUUGUAUUUCAAAAAGAAGCUAUUACCUUUAUUGUUUAAUUAGUGUAAGCACAAUAUUGUUGCCAAGCAUUUUUGCUUCUAGAUAUUUAAUUUUUAUAUCAAGAUCUGUCAACCUUUGAAUACUUUUCAGGUUUAUAUUAAAUCUUAUUUUUAAUACAA